UGUCUUUGGGAACUAUCCCCUAGACGGACACUUUGUUAACUCUGCAGAAUUCAAUAAAGCUUCUUUGAACUAUAAAGUUUUCUCCUCCUUGGCAACACCCUCCAGAAGGAGCUGCAGAGCAAGCAACUAGCUGUUAUCAGACUUUUUGGAAGGAAAGCAAAGCCUCAUCUCUGCAGGCAAUGGCAAAUUAACCCCUUUGGGGGGAUCCUGCUUCCAUCUCGCCUGCAGAACUUUUCAAGCUUCUGGGAGGAACUGUUCCCUAGACCCCUCCUCCGCUUGGGAAUCAUUCCAAGUAGGCGAGACUUGUGUCCUGAAAUGAAUGGCUGGAGUCUGGAAUGAAUAGGGAGUCAACAUCCCUAUUGCCAUGGAGAUGCAAACUCCACAGGCGUGUCAGACCGAGAUAGACAAAGAAUAAUGCCUGACUGACAUAUUGCAACAGUUCACUGUCAAGUGCAAAUCUGUGUUUCACCUCUACUGUGCAAGAGGAACCUGAGUGUCGAGAGUCACUGGCAAUAUGGGCUAGUUCUAGAACGUCUGAGCUGCUUGGGCUGUGAGAUCACAGCAUUCUUGGGACGUUUCUACCAACUGUCAUUUGGGCAACUGGAACAGCUGCCAAGCAGUUCAGAAUUGCUGACUGUGACCUGAGAGAAAGUGCUAGAGAGUCUGAUUAGGAGAAAGCAGUUCCUUGACAUGCCUCAGGAUAAGAAGAAUCCAGGAAUGGCUUUCCCCCACAAAAUCCCAAAUGAGGCAGCAGAAGACCUAGAAUGGGACAUGGGAGAUCCCUUUGCAGCCUUGGAGAAACUCCAAGGCCUCUCUGGUGGGGAGAAGGGCGAGAAGGCGAUGCUACGUGCGCGCCUCCAUGAGCAAUCUCAGCUCAUCUGUAUCUUGAAGAAGCGGGCUGAUGAGCACCUGUUACGAUGCAAGGCUCUAGAGCAGGUCAACACGGAUCUGGAGGAGAUGAGGAUGGCGGAUACCCUGAGGCUGGAGAGCCAGACACGGCGCGUCCAGCAGCUGGAAGAACGCUUUAUGGACUUGGCCGCCAACCACGAAGACAUGAUACACUUCAAAGAUGAGCACAAACGGCAGAACAUGCAGCUGAGAGAAGAAAACAAACGCUUGCGCCAGGAGAACCAAAGCCUCUUCAGCCAGGCUUUGAAAGAGAAAGAGUCAGAGCUGAGCCGGCUCACAUCACAGUUUAAGGAACUCUCAGAGGAAAUGGAGUCCUUAAGGGAAAGUUACAGACAAGAUGGCCACCGUGCCCAAGAGCGAGAGAAGGAGCUUCUGGAAGCCCAGAGCCAGCAAGCCAGUGCUCAUGCUGAGGAAGUCAGCUCUUUGAGAAGCCAACUGGACAUCCUAGAGGAAAGACACAGUCAUGUCACUGAGCAACUGGAGCAAGCAGAAAAGCAGUUAAGAGAGGCAGAUGGCAGCUCCCAAACGAAGCUGGAGAAGUUGACCAAGGAAAAAGAAGAGCUGCUGAACCUGGCAAUGGACAGAGGCAAAGCAUUGCAGGAAAAGCAAAAAGAGAUCUUGCAACUGGAGAAGAAGGCAGAAGAGAUGGAAAAAGCCAAGCAGGCAGCAGAACUGCGCUUUGAGGCAGAGGCUGUAGCAGUGGAUAGUAAUCUCCGCGUUCGAGAUCUGCAGCGGCGGCUGGUUGGGGCAGAACAAGCCUAUACUGAGCUCCGGAUGCAUUUUGAGGCUUACAAGAAGCACAGCACUGAUUUACUUACUAAAGAGAAAGAGUUAAAUACCAAACUCCGCCAUUUCAUGGCAUAAUCCUUACCCCUUUCCCAUCUACUAAGCUUUGCUACUAUCAGGAAUUAACAGCUCACACCACUUUAAAAAUAAUCUUCCAUCGGAUUAUUUUGCUGUUGUAGCUACCGAUUUUAAUUUUAUUCGGAGCUAAAAAAAAAAAAAAGCAACAACAGUUCUUACACUGUCAAAAUUCGGAUUUCAUAUCAGUAAAACUUUGCACUCGUAAAACAUUAAAAUAAAAAAGUUUGAAACAUG